AUGUCGGAACCCAGAGAAGUAGAAGACGAAGUGCCCAAACCCACUCCACCUGCUAUCACAUCCUCGCAAGACGACACUGCAAUGACAACGUCGCCUGUGAGCUCUCACGCUCAGCCAACCACUGACGCGGCUCCAACUACGUCGCCUACACGUGAUGCCGAAGCUCAUGAGACUACCACUGCUGCGAAUACGAGGACGUUAUCAGCCCCCACAACGGAGGCACCUAAUACCGAACCUCAGCUGUCGGAAAAUACGCGCACCUUGAAAGAAGCGUUUCCCGAUGUCGAUGUUGAAGUGAUUGAUGCUAUUCUGGAAAGUCAAGGUGGUCGCUUGGAACCAUCGUUUGAAGCUCUUUUAACCAUGUCCGAUCCCAACUAUAAACCUGACACCACACCUCCACCCGCGCAGCAAACUCACCCGGCACCAACGACAGGUGACGAAAACGAUCCUAAUGUGCCCCCGAUGCCUCCUCGUCCUCAUAACCAGACCACUUCCAAUGACUCAUCUUAUGCUUACUGGCAGCAGCAGCAGCCGACCCAGCCUGGCCAGACGCAAACAAUCAGUGUUGAAGAACAGAUGCGCAUGGAUGAAGAAUAUGCCAAGCAGUUGGCGCUGGAAGAUGAACAAGCUCGAGUACAACGACAUCGUCAACGGCAACAACCUGCUCAGCCCACACAGGAGGAACCUUUGUUCAACUUUCAAGAGGAACUGCCUAUCAUCAAGGAAAGAGUCAUUGAGGCUGGAAAUGCGGCAAAGAAAAAGGUCAUGGAUCUGUAUAAUCAGUUCAAGCAGAGUCGAGCCAAUAGCUCUGGAUCAUCUAUUCCUACGACCAAUGCACAGUAUCGUGAUGAAGGCGACGAUCUGUUGACGGGCGAUAUGUCAGCUUUGCGUUUAUCAGAUCAUGAUGUGUAUGCACAAACCGGUGGUCGUCCUCGACGAUGGUCCGAGGACCAUUACAGAAGAGAAGGUCAAACGGAUGCCGACGACAAUGUGAUUCACGUCAACCCUCCCUAUCCUCCCCCACGACAAGCCCCCAUCACUCAACAACAACAACAACAACAACAACCCGUAACCAAAACUUCCACGAAUGAAGAGCAAUUACGGGCCGAUGAAGAAUAUGCGAGACAAGUCGCCAAUGAAUGGGCGGCCGCCGAAGCGGCUGAAAAUGACCAGCCUGCAGGCACCCCACCCAUUGGACGAACAAACUCGUUCAAUCGCACAGGCCAUCCUAUGAUUGUCAGUCCACGAUCGCCUCUAGAAUACAACGGUGGAUUUGAUGAAGACGAACCGGCAUUGACGCGUCGAACUGAACCCUUGUCGAAAACGAGUAGUCCACCUGCACCCAAGGAAAGCACAGCUAAUUCGGGUCGCAAGACUGAGACCACAACAGCGACUGAAACGCGCCCCUAUGUGAUUGGCGAUGAUGAGGAUUCCGAAGAUGAUCUAGUCGAUGUUGAUGACGACGAUGAUGUCGAUACUGGAAAAGAUGCCAACGAUAAAAAGGAGUCGGCGGGACCUGAGAGCCAACGGACGGAAUCCAUCGAUAAACCACACGCAAAAUCUUCAACGAAAGAGUGA